CACCGGUCGGUCAACACAGGAAAAAUAGAAAGACCCCUCUCUCUCGUGUGCCUCUUUGUCCCCCUCCCUCACUACCCCACGGUCAAUCAGCAACACUCUACACAACACGGAACCUCACCCCCCCACGCCCCACCACCAGCAGCAGCAGCAGCAGCCCCCGCCCAGCAGCACCCUUCUGCUAGCCAUCAUCACUGCAACACCUCUUCACUCUCUCCCUCUGCACCUGCACACACGCAGACAAAGCGCAAGCGCACACAAAACAAACGUCCAUGCCAUGCGCCGUCCUUCCCUCUCUCUCUUUCAUUCUACUAUAGCUAGCUCACGCCACGCCCACCUGUGCUGGGGUGUGUGACUUCUGCCACUGAGUAGAAGUCGCCAUCCCCCUCGUCGGCCACAUCCAUCCCCUCCUCCAUGCCCUCUAAGCCGUCUAUGCCGUCUCCCUCCAUCCCGAAGUCGCCCCAAGAAUCGCCCUCAUGGAGCAUGGAAUCAUCGCGGGACGGCACCAGGCGAUACGGACUCCUGCUGCCGCCAUCAUCGCGCUCAACGCCACCCCCCACACCAACACCAGAACCUCCACCACGUGGGGGUGUGGGGGGGUGGUAGGUGUGUGGGAUACCACGUUGGGAGUGGUGUCCUGGUAUUGCAGCAGUCGCCGCAGCUGCAUAUGCCGAUGCCGAUGCUGGCCCAGCCGCAGCAGAGGAUGUGCUCGCAGCAGUCGCAGCCGCAGCAGGCGCAGGAGGGCGCACUGGCCUGCCCGGUAACACCACCGGCACCGGCAUCGGUGGUGGCAACAAGACUGCUGGCGGUGGCAACGAAGGAGCCAUCUGCACUGCAGCAGGGUGCACCGGCAGCCGAUGCCGCAGCUGCACGGGCACAGGUGGAGGACCGAUCGGGACGAACUGUGGCACCGGUGUCAGUGGGACGAAUGGCGGAUAGGGGGACGGGGCACGGGAAGGGGCGUGGGAGGCAGAGAGAGAGAGGGAGAGAGGGGGGAAAGGCCGAUAUGUCUGGGGCAGACGGGGACGGGGGGCAUUCAUGGCGGGCGAGAGGGGGGGCUGCAUCGCGCCGUAGUCGUGCUGCGCAGUCGAAACAGACAGCGGCGUACCUGACACACACACAUGCAGACGCGAACAAGUGGACAACUUGUUAAUGAGUGAGUCACGCAUAAAAUGUCUGUCGUGCUGCUCACCGUUUGUGGUCGAUAUAGGAGUCGGUCCCGUGUGCCCAUUGACGUGUGAGUUGCCCGUCGACACCAUCCCGCUGGCAGGCGGACGCCCAUUACCGCCACACGCGUACGUCGAGUGCUGUGGCGGCGGACGAGGGAGAGCCACGUGCUGCAUCGGCGGUCCUGCAGCUGUGGGGGGGCCAAACGGGGGAUUCCCACACACUGCUGGGGCGGGCGGACCCAUUGCCGAUGACCAACUUGAAUGAGCAGAGUAGAAGCUCGAUGCCGGUGGAGGUGGAGGUAGGUGCCGCCAAGAGGAGGGAUCCAUCAUGAGCACCGAUUCUGAUCAUCAGGGGUCGUCCAGCGCUCCGUGCGAUUGCG